AUGACAUUAAUUUAAAUCCUCAUAUUGAUUUUUUUUACAGACACAACCUAAUUUAGUUAAAGUAUAAGUAUCUAAACAACCUUAACAAUCAAUAGGAGAAGUACAAGAAGUACAAGAUGAUGGGCAAGUCAAACAUUUUACUUCAUUUCUACUGUAAUAUUAAUUACCUAAGCAUUCAGAUUAUGAGAAUUUUAUAACAUUUACAUUGUAUGUACUAUUCCAUUAGGUGCAAGUAUGUUGAUCUGUGCAUUAUAAACAAAAUGGCUAACAUUAAUGAACAGCAAUAUAAUAAUUAAGAAAUGCACAAUAUGAUGUAACAGGUUCAUUUUCAAUACCAAAACAUUCCCAUUACAUAUUUAACGAAUUAGUAUUAUGGAUAAUUUUAUAAUAAACUCUAAAGGUUUUUGUUCCAUCAUCAUUGGGGUUUGGGACCAUACCAAUAUCAAUAGAUUCAGUAGGAUAUGAUUCAAUAGUGA